AUCCGCCCCCUGAUUCAUCAUCGCAUACUCGCUCAGGAAGAAAGAGGGGAGGCGGGAGUGUGUUCAUACAUCUGCAAUGGCCAUUGAGCUGCGCUCUGGUGUCAAAUAUGGCUCGUUUUUGUCUCUUGCAGUGGUGUUGGUGGCGUAUUGGUUCCGAUCACCGGACAGUUCGAUUCUGGACGACAGGCUGGACACGGUUCUGUCUUCAUUGCUGCGCGCAGAGCGGAAAGUAGGCAUGAACGGCGUGUCCAGCCCGCGAGUGGCUAUAGGUUUUGGCGGCUGUGUGGAUAUCAUAGUCGAUGGAGUGACUCUGCUGAACAAAAUGGGUUUGAAACCGACAGACCAGCCCCUCCAUCAUGACUACAUAGAGAACGCAGAGCAGCUGGCACAGAGUUUCGCUUACUUUUUCUCCCCCGGAGCUGCUUCAGAGAGGUUUGUGAUGAAUGACACACUCUUCAGUGAGCUGGUAGAGGCUUCUCGAGAGAUACCAGGAAACAGGUGGUCAAUAGGAGGAAAUGCACCUGUCAUGGCCAGCAGGAUGGCUCUGGAAGGAUGUGAUGUGCUUUUAGGGGGCAGUUUCAGCACCGAUUUCACCGAUAUCCUCUCACAGCGUAUCACAGUGGCUGGAAACACAGUGGAUGAGCCAGACAUCCACCUGAUUCUGGAGUAUCCCACAGGUGCCACAUGGGGGCCGUACACCUCCCGAAGGGCCAACAGGUAUAUCGUCCAUAGUGAUGACCAUAAUCCAUAUCUGGACUCCAUGGAGCAAUUUCAGGAGAAGCUGAACAGCUUCAAACCAGAUCUGCUUGUUGUAGGAGGGCUACAGAUGAUGGACAGCUUCCCUUUCAAAAAGGGAGAGCGUGAGGCUCUGCUGGGAAAGCUGGCGAAGAUGUUGUCCUCCGCGUCCCCACAGACCGCUGUCCAUUUCGAGAUGGCCAGCUUCGUAGAUGAGAGUCUGAUGUCAGAUCUCCUAGAGUUUGUUCUUCCUCACUCCGACUCGUUGGGCAUGAACGAGCAAGAGCUGCCCAAUCUCCUGAGCCUUUUCCGUGGCAGCAACUUGACUGUGCUUUCCGACCCCAACCCACGCGUAGCUACAGUGCUGGAUCAGAUGCGUGAUCUCUACCGCCUGGUAAACCAGCGCCACCAGGAGGCCGAGAUGGGUCGGCCGCUCACACGCCUUCAUGUCCACACGCUGGCUUUCCAGGCCAUCAUCGUCAAACGCGGCUCCAAGUGGAAGAACACCAUGUCGGCCACAGCCAAAGCAUCUCUGACCGCCAACCGACACGUCUGCGGCUCGCCGGACAUCGAUCUCAGUAAAGCGCGGCUGAUCAUGGACGAAUCAUUCUCCAUUAGCAGGCAAGAAGGAAGUCAGAGAAUUCCGCUCCAGGAAUCUCGACCCGUUUCCUGCUGGGAUGAGGACGGCUAUGAGGUUUGCGUGGCUCCUGUGCUGGUGUGCACUGAGGUGUACCAGACUGCUGGAGGAGGAGACAACAUCUCUGCCGCUGGGCUUGUACUGCAGAUCUGAAUAUGAGACGUAUUUAGUCUAUUUUUUUUUUUCUUUUCUUUUAUUGCAUUAUUUAAUUUUUUUGUGGGAAAAACAUAGAGACAGACCAUGUGCAAUACAAACAUUGGGUCCAGCUAAUAUAAAGUUGGGUGAAUCUCACAAAACCUGUCAACAACACAUCCACAUUUCAUCCCCUUAAAUCACAGGAAACAAAUUGGAGAUUUUGCUUUUAUAAUUUUUUUUUUUUUUAAUUGUUGUGUAAUAUUUUUUGAAUAUUAUUUUCUUAACAAUUAAGCACAUUUUUAAUCUAAUUCUCAUUUCUGCAUUGUCUUUGUGCUGAUUUUUAAAUUACAUUUAAAAAUUAAUUUUACUACAGUAUUUUUUAUUUUAAUAUAGUAAAAAAUAUUGUAUUAUAGUAAUGAGAAUAAUGAAAAUGCAAUAUCAUGGAUGCAUUACAUACAUGAAAAUGUGCAUAAUUGUCAUGAAAAUAAUGUGUCAAUGCCAUCAUUUUAUUUUAUUUUUUCCUUGUGCAAAAUAUAAUUUUUUGAUUUUUGUGUGAAAUAUUAUCUGGAUACUUUAUAAUGAGAUUCCACUGAGUUAUCCUACCUAUAGGUCAUAUGUUUUUGUUUUCAGUUUGUUUUUCUUUACUCCUAUUUAGAACCUUUAUGUCUUAAAAUGGCUUCGUAAUCAUUCACUUCACGCACAUCAAUCCAACAGGGGCCAGUAAUCUUGAAAUAAUACGCAGAAGAAUCUUUGAGCACCCAGAGCUCAUUAUGUUAUGACUGAAGUCAAUCAACGAAGAUGCACAGUAGCCCGCUAUGUUGAUGUCAAAUGGAAAUGCAGACAAAUUUAGCAUGACUGAAGUGUUAUGGGGUCCAUUUUUUACUUAAUAUUGCUUUAUCCUCAUUGGUCGGAUAUUAUUGCUUCCUUGUUUUAUGCUCCACCCAAUGAAGUCACAUCUUUAUUCUCAUUCCGUAGCAGCAUCAUAUUCCACUUUAACACAAGGGAUUGAGCAGUUACACAUUAUCACAAAGAUGGAAACAAUUCUUAUUUAUGUCUUUAGCUUAUUUUACAACAACACCUUGACUGAAUUCAAACACAUGCACCUUUUAACUAAGGGAACAUGGCUUGAUUUUUAACUCUAGGGAAGUGGAAUGUUUUAAGGAUAGUAAUUUUAGCUUGUGUGGGUGUAUCUCAUGAGAGAAAAUGUCCCAGUCAAAUUUCACCCCAAAAUUAAAAGAUAGAAAUAUAUGAUAGUAAUCUCAAUUGAAAAUAAUUGUAAUUACAAGUAAAAAAAUGUAAUGCUAAAAAAGUCAUAAAGGAGAGGUGUGUUAUUUCUGUACCAUUAGCAUUAGAAUAAUCAAAUAUUUAUUAUUUUAUAUUUUAUUUUGUUUAUUUAUUUUGUUUUUCAUGUUUAAAUUUUAUAUAUAUAUAUAUAUAUAUAUAUAUAUAUAUAUAUAUAUAUAUAUAUAUAUAUAUUAUAAUUUUUUUUUAUUAUUUGACUUGACCAUACUUUCAUGAGAUUCACCUUAGUACUUUAGUUAUGUUUGAGUUUGAAUGAGGAACUAUUCUUAGAAUGGAUACAAUAGGAAGCCAAAACCACUUAUUUCCUUAUUUGCAAAAACUUCCUGCAUGUGUGUAUUUUCAGGAGGAGGAUUUGAAGUACUUCAGCAAUGGUGAUUUUUACCUCUCAGAAAUAUCAUAUCUGUUGUAAUCAUAGUUGUGGGUGUCUCUUUUAACAGAUUCAGAAACAUCUAAGCAAAUCUGGGCCCUGACUUCCUUUUAGUCACAUCUUCCAUUAGUCACCCUGAGUGCAAAUUAUUACCUACCUCCUGUGCCUAUAAAAAUAUACCCAGCUUAACUGAUGUCCAUCACGAUUAUAUUGUAUACCUGCAUUUAUUUAUGCGAUGGGUACAUUACAGCGCUUGUCUAUGCUAGUGUAACCUGAUAUCAGACAGGAGAUGGAUGUUAAAGAUGUCCCACCCUAUGAGAGAUGUCACGCUCGCCAGCUGAUAUAUGAAAUAUGUCUCAGGGAUUACAGUAGCCUGGAUGUCUAAGAUCCGCAACACUUGAGUUUGAACCAAUUUAGCUGUGACAGAGAGCAGCUGGUAUGAUUCUGGAUGAGAUCUGAGCCUGUAGCAUACUGAACAACUGAAGGUCCAGUCGUUUUGAAGAAUCUUUAGUGUGAAAAACGGCAAUGGAUGCUUUUGUUGUGAAUAUGAUUCAUGUGUUUAAUCAUAACGUAAUAAUUCAAGAGGGAUUUAGGUGAUUGAUAAUAAGGGUUUAUGCAUGUAUGAAGCAAUUGUAGCAUUGGAAUUGUUUAUUACAGGAUGGCGGUAAGAAUAUUGAAUGUUGUGCUACCUAAGCAGGAAAUGAGUUGUUAUGAAAUGCCUUUAUCUCUUUCCUUCUUUUGUCUUGGCCAUGUGUGGUCUGUCAGCAACGGCUGUUCUGAAGGGAAAGUCUCGUUUUUGAAUGACUUUGGAUUUGUAUGUAAUAAAAUAUUACAUUCCAUUUAUGGUA